GCAUAGCAAAAGGCGCGACCGAAAAGCACAUAGCGAAACGCCUCGCGCCGGAAAAGGCCGGGAACGGAGCGGCUCGCGUUCGAGCCAUGCGGGUUGUGGACGGUGGCAUGCAGUCGAGGAGAGCGGGCAGGGGAAAAAAAAAGCGGGAGAAAGUGGUCGGGUCGGAAAAGGCCGGGAACGAAGCGGCUCCCGUUCGAGUCGUGCAGGUUGUAGACCGUGGCAUGGGGUCGGAGAGGGUGGUAUGCACUCAGCGAGCGCGGGCGCAGGCGAGAGGAGCGGGAGGAGGAGCGGCGUGGGAAACGGGGAGGGGGUUAGGAGCGGGAGGAGCACGACGGGAAACGGGAAGGGGCGGAGGAGGAGCGGGAGGAGGACUGGGAGAAGGGACGGGGAAUGAGCGGGAGCGGGGCUAUGGCGAGCGAAGAGAAGCGGGAGAAGGAGGGGGAUGCAGUCAGGGAGAGCGGGCAAAGGAAAAAAAAGUAGGAGGAAGUGGUCGGGUCGGAAAAGGCCGGGAACGAAGCGGCUCCCGUUCGAGUCGUGCGGGUUGUAGACCGUGGCAUGGGGUCGGAGAGGGUGGUAUGCACUCAGCGAGCGCGGGCGCAGGCGAUCGUUCGGGAGCGAAGCGGGAGGAGGAGAGGGAGGAGGAGCGGCAGGGGAAACGGGGAGGGGAGGAGGAGCGGGAGGAGGACUGGGAUAAGGGACGGGGAAGGAGCGGGAGCGGGGCUAUGGCGAGCGAAGAGGAGCAGGAGAAGGAGGGGGAUGCAGUCGGGGAAAGCGGGCAGGGGAAAAAAAAAGUGGGAGAAAGUGGUCGGGUCCGAAAAGGCCGGGAACGAAGCGGCUCCCGUUCGAGUCGUGCGGGUUGUAGACCGUGGCAUGCACUGGGUGAGCGCAGGCGCAGACGAUCGUUCGGGAGCGAAGCGGGAGGAGGAGAGGGAGGAGGAGCGGCAGGGGAAACGGGGAGGGGGUUAGGAGCACGAUGGGAAACGGGAAGGGGCGGAGGAGGAGCGGGAGGAGGGUUGGGAGAAGGGACGGGGAAGGAGCGGGAGCGGGGCUAUGGCGAGCGAAGAGGAGCGGGAGAAGGAGAGGGAUGCAGUCGGGGAGAACGGGCACGGGAAAAAAAAGUGGGAGGAAGUGGUCGGGUCAGAAAAGGUCGGGAACGAAGCGGCUCUCGUUCGAGUCGUGCGGGUUGUAGACCGUGGCAUGUGGUUGGAGAGGGUGGCAUGCACUCAGCAAGCGCGGGCGCAGACGAUCGUUCGGGAGCGAAGCGGGAGGAGGAGCGGCAGGGGAAACGGGGAGGGGGUUAUAAGCGGGAGGAGCACGACGGGAAACGGGAAGGGACGGAGGAGGAGCGGGAGGAGGACAAGGAGAAGGGACGGGGAAGGAGCGGGAGCGGGGCUAUGGCGAGCGAAAAGGAGCGGGAGGAUGGGGAGGAGGAAAGGGGGAAGAGCAGGAGAAGCAGUGGGAGAAGCAGCAGCAGGAGGAGUGGGAGGAGGAGCAAGAGGGGGAGCGGGAGAAAGAGAGGGAGGAGGAGACGGGGGACGAGUGGGAGAAGGAGCGGGAGCGGGGUUAUGGCGGGAUCUUUGUGUCGCAUUUUCGGAGGCGGGCAACCAAGACGCAAAGUGGGUUGUUAGGGGGGAAACAAAAUUGGGGGACCAGU